GACGGUCCCCGGCUGCUAGCACGACGCUGACGUAGACACUGUGCGACCGGACCGGACUUUAAUAGAGUGGACCUAACCAAAGUAAACAUCCAAAUGUGGAGCAUGAGGCGUUAGCAAUGAGUUCUAAACGAUUACAAGAGCACAGCGACAACCCGGAGAAGCGAAAAAGGAUAAAGAAACGCGAAGAAGUGGCUCAACUUUCUGUGGUUGUGGAUGACGAGGAAGUGAAGAAAGCCGUGAAGGAAGCAUGGGCACAAGGAGUCCACUACUCCCAUGAGAACUUGGAGUUGAACUGCUACCCUUUCCCACAUUGCAUCAUCAAGGACUUCAUCCACAGUGAGGCGUUCACAGAAAACCUCCAGAAGGAACUUCUAGAGCUGAACUUCCACGAGAAGUCCAACGACCUCUACAAGUUCAAGCAGUCUGAUGACUUACGGGAGAGAACAGAAUCCCAUAUAUCAGGCUUGAGGGCAGCGUUAUUUGGCCGCUUCCGUUGCUGGCUCGGCGACGUUCUGGGUGUUGAGCUCGAACCCACCGUGGACAUCUCCUGCGCCAAGUACCAGUAUACCGUCCUUCCUCCAGAUAUCCUCCUCUGUCAUGACGAUGAGCUGGAGGGCCGGCGGGUGGCUUUCAUUCUGUACCUGGUCCCCCCCUGGCAGAGCAGCGACGGGGGCACCCUGGACCUGUAUGCCACCGACAGUCACCUCCAGCCAAAGCACAUCGUCAAGUCCCUGGUCCCCUCCUGGAACACCCUGGUGCUGUUCGAAGUGUCUCCGGUGUCCUUCCACCAGGUGGCGGAGGUGCUGUCGGAGGAUAAGUGCCGUCUGUCGCUGAGCGGCUGGUUCCACGGGCCCUCUCUGGAGCGGCCGUCCCGCCACAUCGAGGAACCCCUCCCCCGGAGCCCCCACCUGCCCAGGGAUGUGAGUCGGGACUCCUGCACACAUCUACCUCUGCCUGUCUUGGAGACGUUGCUGCUGGAGUGGGUGAACCCCAUGUAUCUGGACAUCUCCUACCAGGAGCAAAUCCAGGAGGAGUUUGAAGAGAGCGCGGAAAUCCAGCUCAAAGACUUUUUAAAGGAGGAGAAGUUUGCGGAGGUCAGCGUGGCUCUGAGGCUCCACGACAUCCAGUGGGCCAGGAGAGGGCCGCCCAACAACAGGUCCUACGAGGUGGCGUCUCUGGAGAGCAUCCCCCCGUGUGUCAGUGAGUGCUGGGAGCUGCUCUGCUCCGAGGCCUUCUUCCUGCUGCUAUCCAACUUCACCGGCCUCAGGCUGCACUUCCUCUGCCCCAACGACGAAGACGACGACGAAGAGGAGGACGAGGAUGAAGACGGGGAGAAUGAAGAGAAGGAGGAGGAGGAGGAGGAGGAGGAAGAGGAGGUAGAGGAGGCGGAGAGCCAGGAGAGUGCGAGGGGCGGAGAAGCCACGGGGUCCGCGAUGGAGACGCCGUCGACGAAGAAGAAGACCAAGGCCAAAGAGCCGAGCACCCCUGAGUACGUGGGAGAGCUGCGCCGGUGGACCCACGGGGGGUACACGCUGCUCCACGACGGAGAAGCGACGAGGGCCGAGUACGCCUUGGACCUCAUCCUCCCCUUCGGCUGCUCCGACUGGCCGUCAGAGUUCGGGGGCUUCACGUCGUACGUGGCCAACGAGGAGGACGAGGAGCUGCUCACGGUGAACCCGGAGGACAACUGCCUGGCGCUGGUCUACCGCGACAAGGAGACCCUCAAGUUCGUCAAACACAUCAACCAUAAGAGCUCCUGUCAGGAGAACGGCAAUAACCUUCGUAGAACAUUUUACGACUUCUCUUUUGUGUACUAUGAAUAAAUCUUUGUGACUUUUA